GGGAUCAAACCCGGGCCCCCUGCAUUGGGAGCACAGAGUCUUAUCCACUGCACCACCAGGGAGGUCCCACUAACUUUUUAGACCUUUAAUUCAGACUUCCUGCCCUGCUGCAAUUUGAGUAAAAAGCAUCUGGGCCUCAUUUUAGUGACUUCCUGUUACUCCCAAAGAGCAAGAGUUAUCUUUUUGUUUCAGCCCUUGGUCCAUGUGAGUCUAGUUGCCAAUUCAAAACAGUGGAGUAUCUUCCUGUUUUACUUAAUUGAGUACAGACUUCCAUCCCUGCUGCAGGUAGAAGGCAGUGUAACAAGGGUUUGAAGUUCAAAGUCUUAAACAGGGGUUCAUGUUCUGGCUUUGCCACUUUGUGUAGUCUUGAGCAAAGGAAUCCACUUUCUUGAACCUCAGUUUCUUUAUCUGUAAAGUGUAAAAUAAUAGUUUUGACUUCAUUUGGUUACUGUGGGAAUUAAAUGAGACAGUCUAUAGCUUAGCAUGGGGCGUGGCACAUGACAAAUGCUAAAAACAUGUUAGCUGUCAGUAGCAGCAGUAAUUACUGUUGGACAUUCGUGUCAAGUAUUGUUCAGCAGAAACGCUGCUUCUCUGUUGUAUACGGAAGUGGUAUCCUUUUUACUGAGCAUCCAUAUACUGUACUCAAAGCCGAUUUCCGGAUUUUUCCUCCGUGUGUCAUUGGCCAGCAGAAUUAACAGAUGUCUCUCUCUCUAUUUCUCUCUCAAAAGUAGGGAAAUAAAUGCUACAGGAGACUAGAUCUUUAAAGCUUGUGUUCCUUUUUGUAACUAUGAGGAUUACAAUGCUCUGGUCUCUCUUCUGGUUAUAAUUUUAUUGUUUCUGACCUGAAAAAAUCGGGAGUAUGUUAAUCCUGCUUGAUAUUUUCUUUUGGACAUCUUGGUGCAGCAAUUGAAAUCUGUUUCACUUCACAGUUUGGGGGCCAUAGUCCCCGGCCCUGGUUCCUCUUGGCCCUUCCCUUCCUGGUUGGUACCAGCCGCUGGCUUGCUUUUCCCCUCUUUCUCCUCCUCCUUCCUUCACGUUACCUUCUCCCAGGGCCUCUUUUCUUUCCCCCUCCCUUUUCCAUUUACUCUUACAUUCCCUCCCUCCUUCCUGCCCUCCCUAAUUCCUCCCCUCCCCUGGUUUCUAGCUCCUUUUUGCUUUCUGUUUGUGUUUCUGAAGGCAGUGCUCCAAUUACCUCAUAUUUGGAGAGAGGAAGCUGUAGCCAAUCCGGUUUCUGUCUGCUUUUAGGUCAAGUGAUUUCUGAACUGCAGUGAGAUGCUUUGAAUUUGUCUUGUUGCAGCUCUGAGCCUGUAAGAUGGCUGUCUGAAUCGGCAGCGGCUGGAAGAGACAGAGAGAGGCGGGGAGGGAGGAAGAAUUGGAGGGAUCGCCGGCAUAGUGCAUGUUUUUAAAUGUGCAUCUAAUCCGAUGAAGCCAAGGUUGGGAUUUCUCUGGGAUCCCAGGACUGGCUUAGCUGCGUUUUUGCUGAGAUUAGGAGAGGAAAGCAAUGGGAAAUUCGCUGGGCUGCGUUAAGGAGCCGAAAGAUUCAAUAGCUGUUCCUGAGAAGACUCCCAUAUCUCCUAAGAAAAGGGUUCGGCUCAAAAGGAAGUGGAGGGGGAAGAAAACCUCUACUCCAGAGGUCCCUCGCGAGGAAGAACCCUUGCAAGGAACUGGAGUCAUCGAAGAGACGGAAACCCUGACGAAGUUAACAGUGAGUCUCCAACAGGAGGAAGGAGUGGGAGGGGUAGAGCCACCCCCCACAGACAUUUUACUGCCUGGGGACUCGGCCCCCGACUCAGGGGUGGGAGAUCAGGGGAUGAUCGUGCAGGUGAAGGAGAGAUUCCAGGGGGAGAUCCAGACUGCUCAGCUUUUGUUAGAGAAUGAGUCAUCAGUUGCCAGAGGGGUCUGGGAUUCCCUGGAAGAGGGGAUGACUGUCAUCGCUCACCUGCUCGAUAACCCCGCAGAAAGGAGCUGUGAGAAGUCAGUGAGCCAACUGGUGGAAUUUCCGAGGACAGCAUCCUGCAGCAGCAGGGCUGUGCUGCUGCCUUUGCACGGAGGGACUGCAGUGGGGAAAGGAGAUACUCAGCUUGGAUUGGGGAGCAGCACUUUCCCCAGGACAGACUGCCCCACCGACACAAGAAAUCAAGACCAUCUUUCCAACGGAUGGAGUGUAGGGGGAGGAACCAAGGGUAUUUUGAGUGCCCCUCAGACAGGUGCCUGGAUUGUGGAACGUUCUCCUUCGUCACUACCGGCCCAGUCGAGAGGCCAGAGCUGCACAGAGCCUGCCCACGUGGGUCGAGUGCCCCCCCAGGUUCCCAGACUGCCUGCUUCUCAGAGUGAUUUAUCCAUCAGUGGCCUGACUGAGAGCAUCUUGCCCUCCUCCUCUGGCUAUGGCAGCGAUGGGCUGCACUUACGAGGGGUCCAGCCUAAAGAUACAGAGCCUGAAAAGAGCUCCACGUCCUUCUCAGAAGAGGACGGCACCCUUUCUUUGGAGGCAAGCCCCACCCCCUUAGGGGGUCUGGAGGAGGUAGGUGGGCAUGUUCAAGGGGUAGUCACACAGCGGUUUGUAUUACUGGCCUCAAACUUAUGAAAGUGGAAUGUGGCGAGCAGUGAGGAGCUUGGUGCUGCUCCUCAAACUUUACCUGUUAGUCAAGUACUAGUAGUUAGCGACUGCUGCGCUUGGCAAGCGAAAUCUAUUUCAGGUCUGCCCCUUGAUGCUUGAACCUAUCUUGUUGUCUCUGGGGGAUCCCUGACUCUGGGUAACCAUGCUAUAUAAUUGCUGGAGCUAUCUGGUGGGGUUCUCUCUCCAGGUGCAGUGCUAGGUAAUACUUAACUCUCAGGAGGUCUGUUUAUCAGCGUCCCUGCUGUAGGAGGUUGUGGUAUGGCACGGAGGUGAUGGGGAGGCCUAGCUGAUUCCAAGAUGAGUGUGGAAGGGGUGAGGGCUGAGGCACUGACUUCGGUGUGGUCGUUCUUCUCCUCUGGAGAAUGAUGUUCUUAUUGGAGCUGAUGUAAUUCCCCCCCUUGGGGACACUGCUAAUGGCAACACCCAUUCAGUAUGUGUUUAGGUGGAGAGGCUAGUCCUCCUUUGGUUCCUAAUUCCAGCAUUAGAGGAGAGGGGCAUGGAUUUAUCUGGAGAUUAGUCCAGAGCUGGGGGGAGGGGGUAGAGAGGGAGUUAGGGCAGUCUGAAAGUUCAAGGCUAGAAACAGUUUGUUUUCUGAUUGGACUUGUUUAUGGCUCUAACAUGUUUUUGUUUGUGAGAUAUAUAUUCAGACAUAAGUGGAGGUGGUGGUAGUUUUAGGUGGUGGGUGUUGUGAGGGGUCAAGGAGCAAGUGAGAAUUCAAGAGCUCUGAACACUGAGAGGGAAGGAGACUCAGCAAGACCUUGGGUGGCACAGGUUCUGGUCUGUCACACAGGGGUGUGAUUGUGUAGGUGACUAAAGUUAUAAUUCAUCAGUGACGGAAGAACUUUUAUUGGCAUGUCAGUCUCUGCAGCAGAAGAAAUAAAAACUUAGGCUCCCAGAGCGGCAAGAGGUGGAAGAUGGAACAUGGCAUUUUCCUUGCUAGGCUGUGGGCAGCUGCCCUGGUGUCUGCAGAGCAGACACUGUGGCCCACCUACAGGUGCCCUGCUAAUCAUCAACAGUAUGAGGCUGAGGAGAGACGUAAAUUUUAAGCUGAUCUGUGCUUAAAAUGACCUUUUGGGCGAUGAAUUUCCCCCAUGGAUAGGCCCAUUUCAGUGCCCUUUGUUAUUAUAGAGUUUGGAGACUCCGAACAGUUGGAGGAAAAGAUGGCCAUUGAAAAAUAUUUGUUAUGCGGUUGGGCAGGAGGCAUCCUUGGGCUUUUCCAUAUAAAAAUGUGUGUGUGUGUGUGUGUGUGCAUGUGUGUGUGUGUGUGUGUGUGUGUGUGUGU